UGAAAGGCUGCCACACCCAGUCUCCUCUUCUUAGGCAAAGUUGACUCACAACAAACUGUAAGAGGACACCGGACGUGGUUUGCUGUGCAGUCUGUACAAGAAAGCUGUGUCCACAAAUACCUAGCUAGCCAGCUAAAGCGAGACACAUGAAAACGUAGCUAGAAAAGUUUACAGCAUCGAAAACUAGCUAAAAACGUAACUAACGUUAAGUAGCUGCGAAGAAGUCAAGAAAAAGUCAACAUGAGAGUUUGUUUGAGGAUUUGUUUACUUCUUUUUCUCGUUCCUGGAACAUUAACACAAGACGACCCCACACCUGACAAACCUGCUGUUAAACCACCAAAGAGUGGAGGAGGUGGCUUUGAUCUUGAUUUGGAUGAUGCUCUUGGCUCAGACCCCAACCCCAAACCUGACAACCCUAUUGUUAAAACACCAAAGAGUGGAGGAGGUGACUUUGAUCUUGAUUUGGAUGAUGCUCUUGGCUCAGACCCCAACCCCAAACCUGCUGGAGUAGACCCCAACCCCAAACCUGCUGGAGGAGGUGGCUUUGAUCUUGAUUUGGAUGAUGCUCUUGGCUCAGACCCUAACUCCAAAGCUGACAAACCUGCUGCUAAACCACCAAAGAGUGGAGUAGGUGGCUUUGAUCUUGAUUUGGAUGAUGCUCUUGGCUCAGACCCUAACUCCAAAGCUGACAAACCUGCUGCUAAACCACCAAAGAGUGGAGGAGGUAGCUUUGAUCUUGAUUUGUCGGAUGUUCUCAACCCAGACCCCAACCCCAAACCUGCUGGAGGAGGUGGCUUUGAUCUUGAUUUGGAUGAUGCUCUUGGCUCAGACCCCAACCCCAAACCUGCUGGAGGAGGUGGCUUUGAUCUUGAUUUGGAUGAUGCUCUUGGCUCAGACCUCAACCCCAAACCUGCUGGAGUAGGUGGCUUUGAUCUUGAUUUGUCGGAUGUUCUCAACCCAGACCCUAACCCCAAACCUGACAACCCUACUGUUAAACCACCAAAUUGUGGAGGAGGUGACUUUGAUUUGUUGGCUGCUCUUAGCCCAGACGCUAACUCCAAAGCUGACAACCCUACUGUUAAACCACCAAAGAGUGGAGGAGGUGGCGAUCUUGAUUUGUUGGAUGCUCUUGGCCCAGACCCCACACCUGACAAACCUGCUGUUAAACCACCAAAGAGUGGAGGAGGUGGCGAUCUUGAUUUGUUGGAUGCUCUUGGCCCAGACCCCACACCUGACAAACCUGCUGUUAAACCACCAAAGAGUGGAGGAGGUGGCUUUGAACUGGAAGAUGCUCUCGGCCCAGACCCCAAACCCAAACCUGACAAACCUGCUGUUAAACCACCAAAGAGUGGAGGAGAUGAUGGACCUUUAAGCGACUUAGACUUGCUCAAGAUUAGUGAUGGGGACUACAAGCCUGAUGGAGGCCGAUCAGGAGGAGGCAGUGCAGUGGACCCUGGCUAUGAUCCUCAGGGUGGUGCUGAUCAACCUCAAGAAGCUGGACCUGGACAGAUUGCAGGAAUUGUCAGCGCCAUAGGAGUCGCUCUGAUGGGAGCAGCAUCCAGUUACUUUGCUUACCAGAAGAAAAAGCUCUGCUUCAAGCUGCAGGGAGGUGCAGAUCCAGAGAGUGGUAAAGGCCAACAUGGUACUCAGUCCGAUCCUCAAGUUUUCAGCAACCUGCUCAGGACAUCCUAGACACCUUGUGCACACGCCCAAGACAAGUCAGUGGCCUCUGCUACAAAACUCUGCUUCAUUCAACUUUCACUCAACUGUCAUUUGUCAUCUCUGGUCUGUCUGCAGCCUGUUAGUUUAAACCAUAAAAAUACGACUUAAGCCUAACUUGAAAACCAUAAACUGAAAGUACAGUUAGUUGUGUAUAUUUUUUUUUUUUCCGUUGACUUUUAACAAAACUUAAAUCCUAGGUGUCAGUGGAGUUGCUUGGAUAACUUCAGUGAUGAUUUCAACAGAUAGUGGUUUUGCACAGAGCUUUAUGUUUACGUGCUUUGGCUGUGUUUAACUACUGUACACAUGAAUACAUUGUUUUGUUUUCCUUUCCUUGUCUUUUAAACCUAACUCUUACACUAUAGUAACUGCAAAUACGUGUGAUUAGUUGAACAGAGUUGCUACAUGGGUGGGGUUUACUGCAUCGUACAAGUCAAAUAAAACGUGUGAUGUUCUAAACUAAAACCUUCUGAGCGCUGAUGUAGCAGACCCCACCCAGCUGGCAUCUAAGAAGAAUCGAACAAACCUAAGGUAUUAUCAUCUGUUUGGCUUAAAAUGGAUGGAAAGUAUUUUCUUUAGCACCUUAAAUCCUAAAGGGUUUGUUCACCCAAACCACAAAGAAAACCCCCCAGAAAAAUCUGUGGUGUCUGGCCUUUGUUUUAUUUGCUUGUUUUAUCAGGUGUAGCGAUAUCGGCCUUCACCACCUUUCUUUCUUUUUCUUUUUGUUUGUUUUUGUGAACCAACCCUUUUAUGCACACCUCAGUCUGCCUAAACCAUUUACCAUAAAUUCUCAAAUAAAAGCAGGUAUUCAAAUAAAGACAUGGGGUGUGGCCAGCACGAACACAUAAAGGCUGGUUGCUAAUUAAGGCCGGUAAAAAACAUUGAGCAAAGGUGGGAUCACCUGUACCAUAGUGGCUCACAUAUUAAAUUCAGCAUAAUGUGCAUUUCCACUCUACCACUAAUUCCAUCAGUACAACAGUCAUGUCAUACUCGCCACUCUGCUGCUGUGUUUCUCUACUCACAAAUGCUGUUUCCAUUCACUAAUUAACUCUGCUUUGCUGUUUCUUUUACCGCUGUUAAGCUACCAUCAGUGAAACUCAAGACUUCCUGCAGAUGUUUCAAACUAAAAGCUCUGCCAGGAACAGGGGGCCUUUGCCCUUUGAGCUACUGGGAGGCUUUUAAUGUGAAUAUCUGUGUGUCAGGAAGUGUUGAGUUUCAUUGACAGUAGCUUAACAGCACUUUUAAAAAUGCAAGCAACUGGAACUGAUUAGUGAAUGAAAACAUUAAUUCGAUUAGAGAAGAGAAGCUCAGACAGGAAAGCGGUGAGUAUGACAUGACUCUGUACUGAUUGAGUUAGUGCUGUGGAAAUGUACAUGAUACUGAAUUUAUCCAGAAAACCUGUAAACACAGAGGGAGUGUUGCGUUUGCAUCAACACAAAACAACAUCAACAGCAAAUUAAUGACUAAAACAUAGUAAGUUGAGGUAAAUAAAGGUUCCGGCAGCUAUCGGAGAAUUUACCGUUAUCCUAACUACAGCAUAACUCAAGGAUGUUUCAGGUUGUUGUAUUGACAUAUAAAUGUAACUGGAUCUAAAUCCAGCAGAAGGAGCUUUUAACAUAAAAUGCCGAUUGUGAUGUGAGCAGAUGGGGGGGGGACACAAAGCAGACACAUGUAUACAUCCAAUUCAUGUACACAAUUGAGUGACACGUCAUUGUAAGAGAGAUUGCUUAGGAUCUGUUGUAUCACAUGUAGAUGUAACACACAGUAUAAGCAUCAGCUUUUUGUUUGUUGUCAUGUUGGGGAUUGAUCCUUCGCUUGUGCACUGCAAAAUACAUUUGUCUGUAAUUUGAUCCCUUAAAAUCUUAUUUUCUUAAAACUCACCAAUCGAUAUUUUAUACUAACAAUGAAUCCAAUGUGUACUGUAAAACGUGCUGCUUGUGCACCCACAGAUAAUUCGCCUUGUUUAGCUCAUUAUUUUGGUUUUACGGCCCACAAACUAGCUGGUGAACACAGUGGAGCAUUUAGCAGCUAAAGAGCCAGAUAUUUUUCUCAGGAGUUGCUAGAGACCAAAACCAAACUAGAAGAAUACUAAAUACUAUAUUCAUCAGGUGGACACAAACACAAUUCCAAUUGGUUGCUAAUGUUGCUCUGUGUCUGCUGGAUAUGUAAAUAGGCAACUGUUGCUAACAUCUUUGCCAUAACAACUUUUAUAAGGUUAAAUGUGUUUGUCCACCGCCCCUAGUGAUCAAAAACAAUUAAUGCAAGGGAAACAUAAAACAAGAAAACUUGUUUCUAGAAAAUUCUUUAAACAAGAUGAUGUUUGUUGGAAACAAGUUGACAUAUUUUUACUGCAGUGACAUAUUUUGACUUUUUUGGAAUCAAAUCAUUGACAGAAGUGACCUGAUAAGAUGGAGAUCUUUUUGCAGUCUGUGUAUUUGAUCAGCUUUAUUACUCAGCUUUGAUGCUCUUUUUGCUUGCCUUAGCAGAGCAGCAGCCAUGAAACACGGGCAACUCUGAGGGAAUGCUGAUGAACUUGUGUCCACAAUUAUGAUCAUCAACAAGUUCUCUGCUUUGUUAUUCAUGUUGAUUCCCUCAGACUCGCCCAUGUGUCAUCACUUAAAGUAUCAUAAAAUCUGUUUUUGCAUUUAUUUAUUGCAUCAGGGGAUUGUGGUUGUUAUGAUGCUAAAAUGAGUUGCACCCUUGUGAGCUGUAAAUACUAAUGUGUAUAGAUGCCUGCUGACCUUUGCUUUAGGCUUGAUGCUGCAGUGUGCUUUGAGUAUUUCAGUAUCAACAAUCAUGAUCGCAAUCUGAGACUUUUGGAUUCAAACUAAGUCUCGGUUUUACAAGCAUAAAUUUAAGCCAGGUAUAUUACAUCUGAUGAUUAGAUCAGUUAUACUUUUGUGAGUGGAUUUAAAGUGUGUGUACAUGUUUUCAAUAAAGUGGCGUUGUACAGUU